AUGUCAGAUCCCAAGCCUUUAAAAAUGCUAAUGAUGCAUGGAUACCAUCAGUCAGCAGCAAGUUAUCGCGUAAAAGUAGGCGGCAUUCGCAAAAAGAUAAAGAAACGAUGCGAAUACAUUUGGUUUGACGCACCACAUGCUGUCCCGGAUUCUGAAGAUUUCGGUUGGUGGUUCAGCCACCUUGGUAAAUACGAUGCGAUCGCGUACACAGAUUUUGACGAAGGGUUUGAUGCGAGUAUUGAGUACAUGGCCAAGGUCUUCAAAGAGCAGGGGCCGUUUGAUGGAAUUUUGUCUUUUUCACAAGGAGCUUGUCUCGCAGCGAUUCUCUGCUGCUUGAAGGAAAAGGGAGACGAGCGAUUCCAAGGCUUUGACUUUGCAAUAAUCGGUGCUGGGUACAAAUCGAGACAAUCUCAACACGCUAAAUAUUACGAAGACGUCAAGGUGACAAUUCCAACUGUACAUACAAUCGGCGAAACUGACGGAGUCAUCCCGCCAGAAAUGAGCCACGAUUUGCUCUCCAUCUUUGAUCCUGACAAAACUAAAGUUGCUACUCACGAUAAGGGACAUUUGAUUCCAGCGGCAGCGGAGGCGAAAACUAUUCUUAUUGAUUUCUUAGAUGAGAUGCUCAAGCAAAAAGCAUCGAAAUAA